ACAGGAAGAAGCAUAAUUAUGGAGUCGAUGCAAAACAACAACAGAACGAAAUCGUGGACGGAUGAUCUAAAAGUGUGCAAUCAGACAGGUGUUGGGGAAGCGAUCAAUCAAAUUUACAAGAACGAUGGCCGUCGCUGUGAGGGUUAUGAAUCGCGUGACAAGAAGUGCCUUUGUAUAUCCGACAACACCUCCCUGUAUGCGAUUUUUUCUGGUCAUAAUGGAGUGACGGUGGCCGAGAAUGCUCUUCCGGAAAUAGCAGCAGAACUGUUGCUGGGCCCAUUAAAUGCCUGCAGAACAGACGAAGCAGUUAAAGAGCUGAUCCGCCAAUCGUUAAUGUCGGUGGAAAAAAGUUACUUUGACUCGAUAAACCCACAUGUUGCCACGAAGACCGCUAUUCAGCUACACCUGUCUGCGGACGGUAUGAAUCAAUACGAAAUAUCGCAGCAAUUUGAGAAUGUACUGCAGAAACUCGAUUCACUGAACAAUGCACUGUCCGUUGGUAGCAGUGCGGUGCUGGGAUUCAUUCAUCGGUCACAACUGUACCUGUGCAACAUUGGCAACUGUCGGGCACUGCUAUGCAAAACGGACGAGCACGACACGCUGACGGUGACUCAGCUAAGCGUCGACCAUAAUUUGCUCAACGCAGAGGAAGCCGCACGCCUUUUCCGGCUUGGACUGAUGGCGCAAAACUUCGAAGGAGUGCCACUGUACAGCACACGCUGCAUUGGCAACUAUCUCGGAAAGGCGGGAUACAAAGAUUGCAAUUUUCUCUCUAGUGCGUCCGCUGAACCGGUAAUUUUCGAACCCGAAAUUGUUGGUGGUAUACAGAUUUCACCGGCUUGUCGGUUUCUGGUGCUUAUGUCGAGCGGGCUUUGCCGAGCGUUGGCUGACAUUUUCCCCGGUGACGUGUCGACGGGCAACCGGGAGCUGGUACGCAUGAUAUCGGAAGAGUUUCAAAACCAGUCUACGCUUGGUGGAGUCGCCCAGUCGGUCGUGCAUCGCAUUGUACAGGCGCAUUACGAUACGUACAUGCAGCUGGUCGAGGAACACAAGCCGCUUACGUUCAACAGCCGCGAUGAUGUGACAUUGCUGAUACGAAACUUUAACUAUUCACUUCCGAAAGCUUUUGUGAAUCGCAAGAACGGUAAUCGUAGCCUAAAUUCCACUACAACAUCAUUCAGCUCUACCAGCUCGGAUGCUACCCCUACGGAUGGAAACUAUUCUACCGUGCAUACGAACAUAUCGGUGGCAAGUUCAAAUAUUUCGCAGCCCGGCAAUCCUUAUGAUUCAAAUGUACGUAUUCGUUCGCACGUUGAUUUUAGCGAUUUUUACAAACGUGUCGAAGAGGCUCGAAAAUGUGGCACUUUACCGCCAAACAUAGAGUUUGAUUAAGAUGCGUGUGCUACGUGUUUAGUAUUUU